AGCAACAAAGAUCAACAAUUCAGUUAGUACAUCUUCUUUGGAGUCUGUGCAAGGAUACAUUGAUCAUGGUGAAAGUCCAUCACUGUCUGCUCGCACUGUUUGGCCAGCUGUUGAAGAUAUUGAAACUCUUCAUCAAGAGGUAGAGGAUCUGCUAGCUGAGAGUGAAGACAUUCUGUACGUAAAUCCGUCUUCCUCCAACACUUGGUCUAUUCGAAUGGCCCAGAGUAAAAAGAAGUGGGCAGCUUUGAGGCCAGAGAUAGUGGAGUCUUUAUUGACGGCUGAGUAUACAGAGAUCCAGCAAUGCCAGCACUGCAGACUGAAGCGGUCUAUUAUCCGCUGUAAGGACUGCAUUCCUAAACAGCUGUACUGUGCAGACUGUGAUAUACUGGCCCAUGAAAGGAAACUUCACAACCGAGAGACAGAUGUGAAAGGAUUCUUGCAGCCCCUAUCCCCAACAACUUUGGUGAAGGUGGAUAAUGAAGGUGGCCAAUUCCAUUUUGAAGAAAAAAAUUGCCUUUUGCCUCUUGAGGUACCUGAGCAAAUGUGCCAAUGUGCCACUGAUUCCAUUGAGGUGUCAGAAGGUAAAAGGGCCAUUCUCAUAGGAAUCGAUGGUCGCUACAAUGUCAGCUUGCCACACUUCACUUGUCCAAAAUGUCUUGUGAGCAGAACAACCAGCAUCCCGCAACUGAUCAAGUCUGGUUACUGGCCUGCCACAGCAAGCUGUGAAACGCUAUAUAAAAUAGAUGUGUUUGUGUCCUAUGACCACAUGAAACUGACUGCUCCUGGAAUGUCUAGACAGUCCUUCACCAGUUUACUAGAACAGCGGACAGAGUUCUUUGGCCGAAAUGGAAAGAUAUGCGCAGAUGCUUUUCAAAGGAGUUUUUUCGAAUGGAGAUACUGCCAGUUCGAAAUCGAUCAGCUCUGUGGACUGAAAGUGUUUGACUGUCCAGCCUGUUCUCCAUUUAUGCUGGCUGUGGCAGUAGAUGGUAACAGGAAAAUGUAUCGCUUCAAAAGAGGGGAUGAAGAUCACGGCUUGUUUAAGGGUGUCUUUGUCUGUGAGGAUGAAGAAGUUUCUGAGUUUGUGGAUUACAUUCAUGAAAAGACAAAGCAUGUGAUUUAA